GCUUGGAAAAGCAUCAGUUUCUCCAUUGAUUUCUGUGAGCUAACAUAUCAUCAUGAAAACCUCAGUUGUUGUUCUCUUUGCUCUGGUAGCAUUUGUGGCUGCAGUUUCUGCUAAACCAGCAGUGCGUGGGCUAAAGGAAGAUGCUGACGAUUUCUUGAAUUUGGUUAACUUGGCUCAGGUUAAGCGUGUUGCUCUUAAGUACUACGCCAAGGACAAGGAAACCAAGCAGUUCGUAAAGUACUUGAAGGGAGAAACCUUUAGUGCUGUGUGGGAACAAGUUUUUACCAAUGAACACGUGAAGCAUUUCCUGAAGUACGUCCAGGAUUCUGGUGUUGAUGUUCUGUCUGUUCUCAAUCAAGUGGCCAAAUUCCUGAAGAAACCAUUUGUGGAUUUCGGCGAUGUCACCCGGAAACCCAGUGGUGCUGGUCUCAACGAGCUCGUCAAGGAGCUUCUAGCUGAAGUGCCAUUUGAUGAAUUCAAGGCUCUUGUUGUUGAGAAACUCGAGUCAAGCCCUGAAUUCAAGCAGUUCUUCGAUACUGUCUCCGGUUUCGACUAUGCCGCCAUAAAGGAGUUUGUUGCCAACUCCAAUGAGCUUUUGGACCUCGUCAACACCGUCAAGUCCUACGGAGUUGAUCUCGAUGGCUAUCUCCAUGAAGUGGAGCAAUUCUUUGGAUGGAAUUAAGCCUUCUUAAUGCACUGGGAUUAAUUUGAAGAGCCCACCUACUUAUAAAAGAGAAAUAAACACUUAUCUUCUUCACUAUAAA